UGUCAAUGUCAGUCAUUAUUGUUAUGGAGCUGUUGUUAAAUUUUCAUUAGCUUGUCCUGCUUGCUUGAAUUUAUUCGAAAUUUCCAUGAUAAGUUAAAUAGAAAUACCAAAAAUUUAUAUAUAACGAGAUAAUAUGAACAAUAAAGAAAAAUCUGGUAAAUCUGCAACAGUUGGAAGUAAUGAUUCCAGCAUGGAAAAUAUUUCUGCAAAGGGUAAAGGAAAGAAUCGCGGGAAGAAACGAAAACGUCGUAACAGUGGGAGCAGUGAACCUGAGGAUGUUCUUCCAGAUAACUCUGCAGAGGUUGAUAGGAACCUCCAUGCUUCUGCAAUUAAGAAUAAUCUAGAUGAAACUAGUGUUAGAAAAAUUAUAAAGAAAGUGGUGACAAAUGACCGUGUAUUGGCACUUGUGAAGAUGCGGGAGGAAGAGGACUCGGGGCCUGAUGAGGAUGGUCUUAGGCCUAAACUAACAAGAGCAAAAGUUAAGGAGUUAAUGAAAGUAUCUCCAAAGACCACUGCUUGGAAUUUAGAGAAAUUGGAGCUGACUCCCAUCAAUCAUAUCCCGGUGAAGACUCGGCCUGAAGUGAAGGCUCUCAUAGCUCAAGAGUUACCGGAAGACGAAGAUGAUGACGAGUAUGAACCGACUCAUGAUGAUGUACCUAGUGAUGAUGAUCAAGGUUUAGAGUCAUGCAGUGACCUGGACUCGCAGCCCAGGACUCCGGCUACUCCUCACAGCCAGCACUCUGUCAGUCCUAAAGUUGUUAAAGAUGGACCUUUCAAAGUGCCACAGGACAUAGCAACUCCCGCGCGCAGAAAACUGGACCUUGAAGAGGAGGCCACAAUAGCCCUUCGCACUCGUUCCAAACUAAGUCUAUCAUCGACCUCCAUAGAGCAUAUAGAGAGUACCUUCGUACCUCCCGAUGAUAUACCCAUGCCGGAUGUUGAUGAUCUAUGGAACGAGUUCCUGAACGAGUGCCUGAAUCCAGCUUCUACUUCUAAGAAUGAGGAUGAUGAUGAAGCAGAUCCAGAGUAUAAUGUGGCGGCUGAUCCUGAUGCGCACGAUGAAGACGAGGAAGCUCUAGGCAACAGCAUAAUAAAGAUAUCUAAGAAGGAACUGAAUGAUCUGGUAACUGAACUGUUCAACAUCAUGCCCGAGGCUGCGGCUGACGAGGCUGAGGCUGAUAGCCUCGCCAACAGUGUGCUCACUGAUAACAGUAGACAAGAGGUAUCAACUCAUUGGGAAGGCAAACAAGAGGUUCUUUCAGACGAAGAAAACGGCCCCAGAACUACACAGAAGCUAUCAGACAGAAUUACCUUUGAGAAGACGAAUUACUCUCGAGUGUCUGUCGGGAAGAGUGAACCGCAGGAGAAUGAGUCACCAGUCACAAGGGAAGGGAAGACUGUGGAUAAACCGCAGAAAAUAGCACCGAAGAAGUCUUCAGUAGUGAAAGUGUUCGUAGAAGAGCAGGAGGGCCCGACGCCCGCCGCGCUGGACGGCGCCCCGCCACUCGUACAGAAGCACGUCAAGCCGACGCAGAACAGUACAGAGUACGUGCUUAUUGAAGUACAGGAUGCUGCUUGUGUGUUGCCAGAACAAGUGCUAUUGCUACAGCAGCAGCUAAGGCAGCACGUACAGCUAGCGACGGGGUGUUUCCUGCAGCUGUGCGUGCAUCCUGUACACUGGAGCUUCGCGCACAAGUAUAAGGAGUAUAUUGAAACAUUCUGUAAGAUAGUGGCAGAUAACCCUCAGUCGGUAGCCAACGUGUGUAACCUACAGCCAGCCAUGGAGCUGAUCACCACGUGGCAGGACACCGUCAGUGCAGACACUCCUGAGAACCAAGCUAUGAUACACCAUGGAGCUGAUCACCACGUGGCAGGACACCUAUGUAAGAUAGUGGCAGAUAACCCUCAGUCGGUAGCCAACGUGUGUAACCUACAGCCAGCCAUGGAGCUGAUCACCACGUGGCAGGACACCGUCAGUGCAGACACUCCUGAGAACCAAGCUAUGAUACAGUUCAUUCAAAAAGAGACUGACAGAUGCAAUCGGCGCUACGUCCAAAAGAACUUAUACGUGGGCGAGUUCCACGAGACGUUCCUGAAGGUGGUGGCGAACAGCUCCGUGUUCCUGUACCCCUACCUGCUGCCCGCCAUGCCCUUCCGCGGAGACCAUCCCAGGCGGUUCUGCUAUCUGUACUCUGAGGAUCAACUAAUAGCCCUAGGCAUGGACGAGUUCUGGCGCUACGUGAACGACAACGCGGACAUCUUCAAGCCGAACAACGGCUCCGCUCACUGGGGCCUGACGCUGACCAUGCAGCUCGUCACCAAGCACAUGUUCCCCUGGAUGCCGCCCUCCGUGCUGCACAGCCACGUGCAGAAGGUCAGGAAGCAUGGAGACAAGGAUAACCCCAUCAAUAAAUACUUCGAAACCCGCUCAGUGCCGCCGGUGAAGCACAAGCUGCUACCGUUCAACCCUCGCAUGACGCUGUACGAGCAGCCGGAGCACGAGGUGCCCAGGAUCUGGCUGCGCUACCUCGCCAAGACCAGCAAGCGGUUCCGGAGUUACCUAAUGAAACGAACACAGAAAACAGGCGUUCCAGCAGAGGGAGUCGACUUAGAGUUCGGUCAGGCCGUCACCGCGCCCACCAAGCCGCCGCUACCCAUCGACAUCAUCAAGCGACGAACACAACCUAACAACGACAAACUCGACAUACAACUCGCUACCACACAAGCAAAUAACAACGCUUACAAAUUGGUCGAAACUAGCACAGGAGCAUAUCUAGUACCAUUCACUAUGACCGUAGACUCAAACACAGCCCCUAUUACAACCUCCACAGAAAUCCCACAAACCAAAGACAAACCAGAGACAACGAAAACUAUAGACAAAAUAUAUGAACCUCAUUGUACCUGCUGUGUGUUAUUAAGAAAAAUUUGUAUGAAAGGACAAAAGUUAAUAAGUGAUUACUUCAGUGAAAAGAAAGAGGUUAUGUGUUUUUGUGCCCGCAAAAGGUACCCGAAGGUAUCGAAUAGGUUAAAAUUGUUAGUUAGUAAUUAUAAGAAUAGUUAUAUGACGUCGUUAGAGGCGCUGAAGAGUAAGAUAAAGAUUUUGAAGAAUAAUAAAAAAAAUGUGAGACUGAAUAGUAUAAGUCAAAGUGAUACUAGCAUUAGUGAAUUAGAAGAUAUUGCAUUUGUAACGAAGUUCCACCUAAAACUCCUCGCGCGGACAUCCACGAGAACAUGCAACACGAUCAAAAACAAAAUAUUCAUCCUCCUUUCUAACUUCAAUCCUUACGAGCACGAUCCUUUAACGCUGGCAACACAGCUCGAGAAGGAACUCGGUCAUAGAUGCAUAGAUUUGUACAAGGAGUUCUUAUGUCUGCUGAAUCCGGAACAAGCGGAUAAGUUGGAAGUGUUCAGAGAUUAUUUUAUUAGAAACUGCAUGGCGGAUUUGGUUUUGAAAGUUGAGGAGCAAGUACCAAAAGAGAAAAGGCUUCCGAUCCUAGAAGCAUUACACAAGGUUUACAGUAAAAACUUGGCGACAGCGUGUGAGAUCUGCACGGACAUACUGUCCGCGAUGAGAGAGUUCCCCGACCUCGCGCGACAUGUGCACUCACUCUUCCCGCAUCGGGUUGAGACACGAUCGGAGCGAACACCAGCUCCUGCGCAAGACCCGCCGCAGCCGACUGAGAUGCCUUCGGACGUGGCGUUAUGCAAAGAUGUCAUGCAAUUGACUGACACUGUCACGGACUAUGAGGCGGAUCAGUCUAUGAGUGAGGAUGAAGAAAUGAUCGAAGAUACCCCUCAAGCUCUGGUUCCCGAACCGGAGCCUAAUAUAGAGGAAGACGCUCCUAUUAAAACUGAAAACAUAUCAAUAGAGUACACAACGCCGACAUCAGAAAAUAACAAUAUAUCAAUGGUGAUCACAGUUAGCAAGAGCGAAGUCCACGACUUCAGCGAGAGUUCCAACUCCUCACUACGAAUCAUGUUCGAAGACGAAAUAGUCAAAAUAGAAACUCCCGAAUGGAAAAGAGACGAAGAUAAACUAAUUCUAGAAGUGUUAAAAGAACAUUUAAGUCCAGAAGAACGACAAGACAAGACUAUUCUAGAAACUAUUUAUGAUAAAAAUAUUGUAGGCAUGAUAGCUGAUAGCUUAACCGAUAAGUCUAAGGAGGAUAUUGAAACUCGUGUCAUGUAUUUACUGCAAAUAUGUUGAUUUUUUAACCGAUUGCGCCAAGCAGGAGGGUAAUGAGUUCAUCAGGCGAUGUACAUAUGUGGGAUUGUACCUUUGUGGUAUUAUUUAUAAUUUUAGACAAUUUAUGUAAAUGUCCUAGAAUAUAGCAUUUUUGGGAAGAAUCAAAUGGUUGAAUUUGAGUGAAAAUGAAAACCAACAAACUACAUCGGGUAUCAUUGAAUUGAUUGUUGUAACUUCAAGGGAACUUAAUUAUUUAUUGUCUCAGUGUAUUUUGAGAUCGAUUUAUAUUUGUACUCAUGUUUUAAUGUUUCGACUUAUUUCCUUUAUGAAUCCUUUGAUGUUAGAUGUAAAGUAAUACUUCUUGCCGAGAUAAGAACGUUAGUAACACCUUAGUAUUUUAAUUUCUUGACUCUUGAUUGAAAAAUUAUGUAAUAUUUUUGUAACUGUCAAAUAUUGCUCCCUUUCUUAACUACAAAUAAAAAUUAUUAGAAACAAAUUAUGUAGUCUCAAUAUUUUCAUGAUUGUUAGAUCCAGUUUGGAUCCGGAAAAAGUGAUAUAUUUAUAUUAGUACAUAUGUACCUACCUAAAUAAUCUAA